CUCUGUAGUCAUCGUCCCGCUUCCAAAAACGGACGUGCUUUUGGAUUUAGCAGCCGGCGCCUGCGUUCAGCGAUGCUGUGAAGAGCCGCUACAGAGUCUACAGCUCUCUUCUCAGGGACAGUCUUCUGCAGCCCUUCGCUGAUUACAGACCUGCCUGACAUCUUUCAUCCAUAUCAUUUCUCUUUCCAUCCACCCAUCCUUCCCCCUGUCAUGAAAGGCCUGUCCAAUAGUCGGAGUCACCAUCACGUGGUCUCCUAUGAACCAUCAUAUGAUGCCAUGGGUCACCAUAUUGACCGCAAGCCAUAUUUGAUCAGUCAGAUGGACAUGCCUGUGCACAUCCCCAUGCCGCAUCCAGCUGAGCUGCCCUACUACAAUGCUCAGCGUACCUCGUACCCCUCUGACAGCAACAGCAUCGUCCCAUAUGGAACCUUCCCAAGGAGGUGCCACUCCACCUCCUCAUCUCACCAUCCUGAGGUAAAGGAUGAGUGUAUGGCCAUGGUACCAUAUGUAGGAGGAGGGGGGGGAGGGGGAGGAGGAGCUGGAGGAAGCUAUGGAGGUAAAACGCCCACCAGGGUACCAGCAAACUUUGCGGACCCGUUUGAGCGUCAGCUGUCAUUUUCAAGAGAUGGCUACCAUACACUGCAGUACAAACGAGGAGUGCUGGCCCACAGUGGGGGGAUGGGGGCCAACAACAACAAUGACAGCCCAGGGAGAAUUCGCCACCUCGUCCACUCAGUCCAGAAACUCUUCACCAAGUCACAUUCAUUGGAGGGCCCACACCACACACAGUCCUCCAAGGGGGGCAAUAAUGGGAGUGUUAAUGGUGGUGGUGGUGGUGGAGGAGGUGGUGGUGGUGGUUCAAGGGCCAGCCCAGAAGGUGAAACUCCAACAGUGGGAGUGCGCCACCGGAAGCGCAGCAAAAGCCGUGAGCGCUGUCGAUCAGCGGAGCCCAAGCAUCGAAGCCACCACCACCACCACCACCAGCUCCAUGGCUCAGCAUCUGCUCCGGGCUCCGGAUAUUGGAGCUCAGAUGACAACCUGGAACGGGAGCUGUGUCUCUACCACCCUCACCACCACCAACCUCCACCUUCACCCUCACCCUCCAUUUCCCCCUCGCCCAUCGCCAUGACAAUGGGCCGGUAUCCUGGCAACAACCCUGACAAGUUCCCCCAGACCCCUCUCCCCAGUCUCUCCUCCUCGCAGUCCCAGCAGUAUUUCAUGAUGGACCCUUACGGCACACUCAACGAUCACACACACAUCCACACACACCAUGGCCACACACACCACCAUUCUGCACUCAAAGCCUCCAGGAGCAACAACGAUGUGAAGUAUGCAGCAUCGUCGGCAUGUGUGCCAGUUAGUGGUAGCAGCAAUAACAGCGGUGGUGGUAUCGGUGGAGGAAGUGGCCCCUUGCUGCCACUGGGUCUUGUGGACGGGCCCCUUGUGAAGAAAGGGGCAUGGUCGUCGAGCCUAACGGUGAGCAGGGCCCGAGAGGUCUACACCAACAACAGCAGCCACAACCAGCUACGAGCCAGCGCAGGAUCCGGUAACCUAAACCUAGAUAGAGCUCUAGUCAAAUCUAAGGGCAGUCAGCAGCAGGAGCGCUCUUGCCAUUUCUUACAGGUACCUCAGGAUGAGUGGAGUGGCUUCUCUCCUCUGGGGAAGGAGGAUGACAUCCCCUGUCGGAGGAUGAGGAGCGGCAGCUAUGUUAAAGCCAUGGCUGAGGACGACAGCGGAGACUCUGACGGGAGUCCCAAACCCUCCCCUAAGAUCCAGGCACGCCGGGCCAGCUACCUGAAAGCCACACAGCCAUCACUGACUGAGAUGACCACUCUACAGAUUUCGACGGACCACUCUCCCAAACUGCAGAUCAGGAGCCACAGUUACCUGCGUGCGGUGAGUGAGGUUUCAAUCAAUAGAAGCCUGGAUACCCUGGACCCCAAAACCCUCCUCGACCCCAAAUCGCUGCUGUCCUCACCCCAAUACCGCUCACGCAAUGAAAGCUACAUGAGGGCCAUGAGCACCAUCAGUCAGCUGAGUGAGGUGGAAGUGAACGGGCAGAUUGAGCAGGUAUGUGAGCAGGUCUACAGUGAGAUGCAGUCCCAGGCCAUGGAGGCUGCCAUGGACAGCAUGGAUACCAUGGACACCCUGCCAAUGCCGGGAUGCUUCCGGAUGCGGAGUCACAGCUAUGUGAGGGCAAUUGACCAGGGCUGUGCUGGGGAGGAGGAAGUAGAAGGAGGGAGGCCACUGCUCCUGCUCCCAUCCUCCCCACCACGCACAUCUGCCACAACUGUAAGGACCAUCCAGAGCAGUACAGUUUCAUCUUGCAUCACUACCUAUAAGAAAACACCUCCACCAGUGCCACCCCGAACCUCUACCUGCUCCACAGCCUCCAAGCCGUAUAUCUCCAUCACAGCCCAGAGCAGCACAGAGUCCGCACAGGAUGCUUACAUGGAAGAGGAGGGACCCAGAGGUGACAUGACCAUCCAAUCAGGGCUCAGUAACUCAACAGAAAGCAUCGACAGCAUGAAGGCCUUGACAGCUGCAAUAGAAGCUGCUAAUGCACAGGUCCAUGGACCGGCCAGUCAGCAUGUCAGUAACAGCACCAUGACAGUCAGCACCCCCACCCCAUCAGUCCUUAGCAGGGGGCCAGUUGUCGAAGACCACCGCGACGAAUACAGGAAAGAAGCACUCAGGAAGGGCAAAUGUCUCUCAAUAGGCAUCCAGGUGGAUGGACCAGAGGAGGUUCCGGAUCCAGAGGACCCAUCCAAGUUCACCUCUGUAGGGGUGCAAGUGGAGGAUGACAGAGGGUAUCGUCGGUUCCAGCGCUCCAACAGUGUGACAACAGCUGUACAGGCAGAUCUGGACAUGCCCGACUUGCUGGACACUCCUCUAGACGCCCCAGACACUGACAUGGAUGUCCUGUCAUCUGUUGCCAUCUCUCGACAAUACUCCCGUGAUGCUGCCACCUCUACUGUCAGCAUCCAGGGCUCAGGGAACCACUACCAUGCCUGUGCCUCUGAUGACUAUGAGGAUGUUGGCUUCGACCCAUCCAUCCUCCCCCCUCCAGAUCCUUGGAUAGACAGUAUUACAGAUGACCCACUUGAUGUAGUGCAGCGUUCAGUGUGUCAGAGAGACGGACGUUGGUUUCUGAAACUGCUGCAGGCCGAGACCGACCGCAUGGAGGGCUGGUGUCGGCAGAUGGAGCUCGACCAGCAGGAGAAUGACCUACCUGAAGAUAUCCUUGGGAAGAUGAGGAGUGCAGUAGGAAGUGCACAGCUUCUAAUGUCCCAGAAGUUUCAACAGUUCAGGGAGCUGUGUGAGGAGAACCUGAACCCCAAAGCCCAUCCUCGUCCCGUGGCCUCAGACCUGGCUGGUUUUUGGGAUAUGCUUCAGCUGUCAAUCGAGAACAUAAGCCUGAAGUUUGAUGAGCUUCACCAGCUCAGAGCCAACAACUGGAGACCCCUGGAUCCCCCUGAGAGAAAGGAGAGGCGGCUCCCACCUCCAGUGCCAAAAAAGCCACCAAAGGGCCCCCACCACCACCCCCCUCUGGCCAGAGAUCGCUCACUGGAGAGCUCAGAAAAACAGCGGCAGGAGGCCAGGAAGCGCCUGAUGGCUGCCAAGAGAGCUGCAUCUGUACGACAAAACUCUGCAACGGAGAGCGCUGACAGCAUCGAGAUCUACAUCCCAGAGGCACAGACAAGGCUAUGA